AAGUAAAGGCGGAAACCUCUCGCUCAAAUAAGACAGGUGGAGGAGAAAGAAAAUGUAUGAUGAGAGUUUUAAUGUCUAUGGAGGAGACAGUAAAGUAGAAUGGCGUCUCGUCAGCAGUGUGUUUAUGAUGGUUGUUGACAAUGACAGCCUUGGGGACUCUUGCCGCGUUGAAAACAACUGGGAACUCGGGGAAAAACGAGGUCAAAUCAUGAUCUUCAGGUUGUAAAGUCGGAGCUCCAGCAAGUGGCCCGAGUUGGAAUUCCGAGAUUGAUGACCGUUCAAAUCUAUUUUUCAGUCGUUUUUUUCCGAGUUUUCAGUUGUUUUUAACACGGAAUUUGUCUCUGACCAAGCAAUGACCAGUACGUCUGAAUCGGCCGCUUUGUCUACUUCGUCCCAUCUCCGCGAAAGAAGCUUCUGAUUGGAUGUCCAGAAUGUUGCUUUGACUCUCCAUUAAUUCAACCCUUGGAAUGUCUUUUAUGAGAAGAUGAGGUCGUUUGUAUGCAUAGGCCUACCGUGCGGUUGAAUUUCAAUGAUUAUUGUCAAGAUUUGUUUAAGGGCACACUACGCCACUGUUAUCACUGAAUUGCCUGUAUAGUGUUAUAUUAAAAGUAUGACUCUUAUCAUUAGAUUUAUUGGUGAUAUGAAGUUGGCCUUUUUGGUAUUCAUGUAGCCAUGCUGUGUAGACUAAUCUUCAUGGAAUAGAGCCAGGGAGUUCACUUAGGCCUGUAGGACAAUUAUGCACUUGUGGGUCCUGUAAUAAAUACUUUUUCAAUAGCAUAUAUUUAAAUUGUCUAUUUUCUCGCAAUAAAACCAGCAGUAUGCAUUUGUAAAUUUACAUAUUUAAAGGCUCGGGAGAAAAUGAAGAACAUAUACUUAGUUCCUGAAAGUACAGUAGGUAUUUUUGUAAAAAUGUAUUAGGUGUAUAUCUAAAUGUAUCCACUUGGUGGCAGUAAGCUGGCUUUAUGAAAGGGAUUUGUCCGACCGCCAUAGAAAGCUGCGCUUCCGGUAGUAAGCUACCAACCCUUCAUAAUAUCUCGUUAUCAGUUGGAUACAGACAGGUCAACUAAAAUAUUUCCACUCACGUUUGAAGUCUGUACAUCGGUUGUAUGUGCCAUAUUUUUGACGCUGCACGGAGGACACUGAUCAUAGUUGAACAAAAGUCCAAUCGUUCUCCCGGGUCGUUUCAGUAUGUUGUGCGGGGCUGUGGUUGUCAACAGUGGGCAGAGGGUGUUGCGGUACCUCAGUGUAGUGCGUUUUGUAACCCAGUUUGGUACACGUACUAACGUCACCUACAUACAAGGCCAGAGCCCCGAACCGCGCAUUCGGGAAUACUUCUACUACAUUGACCACCAAGGGCAGCUGUUCCUUGAUGACACUAAAGUGAAAAACUUUGUCACGUGUUUCAAAGAUAAGCACUUCCUGGUGUUCUUCUUCACUCGUCUCCGUAGGAACGAGAGUGGGCGGUACCAGGAUGACUUCCCCUUCCUGUCCCUGUGUGGCCGCGAGAGAAACUUCCUGCGCUGUGACGACCGUCCGCUGGUGUUCACCCACUUGAUGCCCGCCGCUGGGGGUAUAGUCAAUCAACCAAUCAGGACAGAGACCGCUGGGGGUAUGUUGACAGAUGUGGGGACAGGAGGAGCCCCAGAGCUACUGUCGUUCUGUUGGGGUGGUGACAAGCUGGCCGUCAAGUUCCGUCCAAAGUCUCUCUACAUGCAUCCUGGGACUGGGCGUGUCUACCACCCCUGCUCUGAGCGCCUGGGGGGCGUCGGCUUGGUGCGCUCCGCCCUCGCCAUAGAGCUCAGCCCCUUCUUUCUGUACCCACUUCAACAACACCAAUCAGAACAGCCCACACACUUCUUGUGGGCGGGACAACAGCACACACUGACUAAUGAACUGGCAGGAUGUUUCCCCCCUGAAGAGGAGGGAGGGAUGGGUUGAUCAGAAUAACACUACUGUAUUCAGAGGGCAGAAGAUGAAUACCCGAAAGUUGCCAAUUGAAAGGCAAUAUAUAGAGUGGACAUGAUGGUUAUGUUCCAAAUGGCACCCUAUUCCAUAUAUAGUGUACUACUUUUGACCAGAGUAGAUAGGGUGCUGUUCAAAAGUAGUGGACUUUGUAGGGUAUAUGGUGCCAUUUGGGAUGUAGACAACGAGUGGUUAUGUAUAUUUGUUACAUUAGUAUCUGUGAUAUUCAGAACAGUGCACAUCAUGAAUCAAAACAGUAAUGAUAAUUUGGCCCAAACGGGUCAGGAGUAUGCAAAUUCUAACAGUCAGAAAAUGCUAAUAAUCAGUUCCUCCUAUUGGACAAAUUCAAGUUGUACCCAUUAAUUUAAAACAUUUUGCCUCUGCACUGUCUAGUGAAUGUAAUCUUGGCAGAAGUAACAUCUUGCAUAAUUGUGUCAGAUGCUUGAUCGAGUUCUUGGAGCCGACUUAUUCGAAAAUGUACUAGCGAAGUCUCCACCCUUAUAAAGGGAAACUCUCAGCCAGUGUUGGGCAAGUCUAUGGGCCAAAUGUCCCCUCACAUUCAGAAACUCUAAAGAUGUCAAAUUGUGAGUUGUCCAAAUGAUCAGUGAAGAAAAAUCAGAAACAAAUAAAACAGUCUGUCGACAAAUACUACAACUGUUUAUGUUACGUGUAUUUGUCCAGGAGAAUGAAACCGGGGACUUUUGGGUUACAAGGACCUCCUGAGAGAAAUACUAUGCAGUCUUGUGAAAUAUGCCUUUGCAGUGGCCACAGAAAUUCAACCAAUGACACUCAGGUUGUCUCAAAUGGCAACCUAUUCCCUAUAGAGUGCACUACUCUUGACCAGAGCCCUCUGGUCACAAUACUAUGUAGGGAGUAUUGUGCCAUUUGGGAUGCAGCCUCAGCUGUUUAUCUACUAAUAGCUGAUGUGCCAGUAGGUUCUGUAGAUAGUGGACGAACAACUGAUAAACUACUACUUUUGCUAUAAGAGUACCCAUGGGUCCUCUGCUUCGAGAAUAAAAACCUCUAAAGGGAACCCUUGCAUUUGUAUUGACUGGAUAAGGAUGAAACAUAUUUUUAUGAUGAUUAAAAUGCAUCGGCACACA